GCCAUGUCGCUCAGCCCCAAGCACACGACGCCCUUCUCCGUCUCCGACAUCCUCAGCCCCAUGGACGAGACCUACAAGAAGUUCGGCGCCAUGGAUGGCAGCCUGGGCGCCCCCCUGGGCAUGGGCGCCGCCGCCUACCGGCAGCCCCAAAAUGCAGCCCUACCUCCACCACCGCAGCAGCACCCCAUGGGCGCCCACAACGCCGCCGCCUACCACUCCAUGGCGCACGCCGGCGUCUCGCAGUUCGCCCACGGGCCCGUGGCCGGCUACUGCAACGGCGGGCUGGGCAACGUUGGCGACCUGGCACCUUAUCCAGACAGCGUGCGCGGAAGCGCAGCCGCCUCAGGCUGGUACGGAGCCAACGCGGAUCCCCGCUACCCCACGAUUUCCAGGCUAAUGGGCCCGUCGGGGGGCAUGAACAUGGCCGGCAUGGGGGCUCUGUCGGGCAUCGCGGAGGCUGCCAAGUCCCUGGCGCCCGGGCUGCACGCCGCGCCGCGGAGGAAACGCCGGGUGCUCUUCUCGCAGGCGCAGGUGUACGAGCUGGAGCGGCGCUUCAAGCAGCAGAAGUACCUGUCGGCGCCCGAGCGGGAGCACCUGGCCAGCCUCAUCCACCUCACGCCCACGCAGGUCAAGAUCUGGUUCCAGAACCACCGCUACAAGAUGAAGAGACAAGCUAAGGACAAGGCCGCGCAGCAACACCAGCACCAACCCCAGACGCAGACGCCUCCCGAGGGGCCCAGCCUGUGCCAGCAGCAGCCGCAGCAGCAGCAAGCCCAGGCGGCGUCUCCGAGGCGUGUGGCCGUGCCUGUUCUGGUCAAGGACGGCAAGCCUUGCCCGCACAGCGCCGGCGCCGCCGGUCAGUCUGCCGGACCAGCUCCCAGCGCCAGCGGGGCCGGGGGCAACGCUGCCCAGCAUCCCCAGCAGCAGCAGCAGCAGCACCAGCAGCAGCAGCAGCAAGUGACCUCCCUGGGCCAGGCGCCGGACCUGGAAGAGAUGUCCCCCAGCCCGCCUUCGCUGCACAGCCAAGUGGGCGCCCUGGCGCAGAUGGACGCGGCGGCCGUCGAGUAUAACGGCGGCCUGGUCAACGCCAGCUUGCUCUAUGGCCGGACAUGGUAA